GGAGACCCCGGCGGCGCCCACCGGGACACCCCGGGGACCUCCUCCUCCAGCCCCGGCUCUUCCAAGGAGAGCGACAGCCAGCCCGGGCCCGGCGAAGCCGACUACUGCCGCCGGAUCCUGGUGCGAGAUGCCAAAGGGACCAUCCGGGAGAUCGUUCUCCCUAAAGGCCUGGAUCUGGACCGGCCCAAAAGGACCCGGACCUCUUUCACGGCGGAGCAGCUGUACAGGCUGGAGCUGGAGUUCCAGCGGUGCCAGUACGUCGUCGGCAGGGAGAGGACGGAGCUAGCGAGGCAGCUCAACCUAUCGGAAACGCAGGUCAAAGUCUGGUUCCAGAACCGGCGCACCAAGCAGAAGAAGGACCAGAGCCGGGACUCCGAGAAGCGCUCGUCCUCCAGCUCCGAGUCCUUCGCCACCUGCAACAUCCUGCGGCUGCUGGAGCAAGGCAGACUCUUGUCGGUCCCAGCUGCACCUAACCUGCUCCCCGCCGGCGCCGCGGCCCUGGGCCCCGCGGCUGGGAACGGUGCCGGCCUGGCCACGUCGGGCAGCACGUCCCCCGGCGUGAGCAGUGGGAACAGCCCCCCCGGGACGGGCGGCUUCAGCCUGGGGGUCCCGUCUCUGGCCGCGGCCUCGUCCCCCCGGCUCCCCGGCACCCCGCUAUGCUUCAGCGGCCCGCUUCUGGGCACCCUCCACGACCUCCCUAGCGGCUACGGACUGGGCAGCUCCGCCUUCGAGCCUUAUACGCGGCUGGAGAAGAAAGACAGUUCGAUACCCAGCAAGAAGCCAAGCCCUUAAAUAAAGCCGAGUGUCAAAGCGUUUCCCCAUCCCACCCCGCCUCCAUGCACCGUGUUCCCCCGUCUGCCCCUCGUGGGGCUCCUGUUCUGCAAGUGGGAUUUCAAAGACCAAAUGUCCAGGUGACACGUGUGUGUACGUGCGUGUGUCUGCGUGUUCCCUCCGUGGAAAUAAACACACGGCUCCGGGCACCCCCCUUCGUUCAGCCCUCACCGCUG